AUGUCAACCGGCUGGACAGUAGUGAAUGAGGGGGUAGAAUUUGUCGGAGCAAAGUGUGAUGUGGCGGAAUCGGAUAGACUGGAUUCGUACACUCAGACGACAAUGAAUGUGAAUCUGGUGAGCCCAGCAGAUGGGACAUUUUUGAAAGCGCAACUGACAGGCGAUAGUGUGCCGAGAACGCACGAGGCCACGACCCAAACGACGAUCAUAGGAGUGACAGAUAUUAGCACAGUGAUAACCGGAGAGACGGGCGAGAGAGUGCGAGGCAAGGGUGAGAUAAGAAUGUGUCACGUGUACACAGAACACGUGGAGAAAGGACUGAUGGAAAGCAGAUUGACACAUGGGGAUACUAGAUUGAGAGUUGAAGAAGAAGAAGAAGCGGGAACGGAAGCGCCUGAGACGCGAAUCGAAGGAGGUAUUAGCCCGGAGAUUAGAACGACCGCGAGCACAAGCGCAGCCGGAACGCAAGGAAGCAGACGAGAAUCGGAAGAAACGAGCAGCAUAGUUGCUCCGCACAUGACAGAGGAAGCUGGAACGGAAAGCGAGAGUGUGGAGGCGAGUGAGAGAGAGGAGAAAGCAAUAUCCGGUUCCGGUGAACAAACAACGAGCAGAAUGACAAUUAGUCCGAUCGAUUCAAAACACGCGGAACAGCUGAUGGCACAGAGAGCACCAACAGAGCCGAGUAGAGAAGUGAUGAGCGAGACGAGCGAACCAGAGAGAACAAGCACUGCCAAGGUCGAGCGACAAUUUGCACCGGUCACAAGCACGAUGGAAGAGAUGAUUGGAACAAUGUUGGAAAGCAGCACCGGCUACAUGAUCAGACGAUCUGAUCAAGACACACAAACCCCAGAAGUAGAGCAAUUGACAGUAGUAGCAGCAACAGAACCAGCACAAGCAAAAGCAGCGGCACAACCAGCAACAACAGUACGAACGCGAACGGGAUUGGUCACGGGGACGGAUGUGGAGGUGGACAUGAAGGGCAAGAGGGAGACGGGGACAGAGAUGGUGAGUGUGAGUGCAAGUGAGAGUAGAACGACGAUGAGGACGACGACGACAAAAACAGCAAUAUCAACAACAGAGACUGGAACAACGAGCAUGUCAACCGGCUGGACAGUAGUGAAUGAGGGGGUAGAAUUUGUCGGAGCAAAGUGUGAUGUGGCGGAAUCGGAUAGACUGGAUUCGUACACUCAGACGACAAUGAAUGUGAAUCUGGUGAGCCCAGCAGAUGGGACAUUUUUGAAAGCGCAACUGACAGGCGAUAGUGUGCCGAGAACGCACGAGGCCACGACCCAAACGACGAUCAUAGGAGUGACAGAUAUUAGCACAGUGAUAACCGGAGAGACGGGCGAGAGAGUGCGAGGCAAGGGUGAGAUAAGAAUGUGUCACGUGUACACAGAACACGUGGAGAAAGGACUGAUGGAAAGCAGAUUGACACAUGGGGAUACUAGAUUGAGAGUUGAAGAAGAAGAAGAAGCGGGAACGGAAGCGCCUGAGACGCGAAUCGAAGGAGGUAUUAGCCCGGAGAUUAGAACGACCGCGAGCACAAGCGCAGCCGGAACGCAAGGAAGCAGACGAGAAUCGGAAGAAACGAGCAGCAUAGUUGCUCCGCACAUGACAGAGGAAGCUGGAACGGAAAGCGAGAGUGUGGAGGCGAGUGAGAGAGAGGAGAAAGCAAUAUCCGGUUCCGGUGAACAAACAACGAGCAGAAUGACAAUUAGUCCGAUCGAUUCAAAACACGCGGAACAGCUGAUGGCACAGAGAGCACCAACAGAAUCGAGU